CAAGCCAACUUCGCCCCAUUCCAAUCCAGUCCGCCGUCGGCUGUCAUGGCACCUCUCGCCAAGCUGUUGGGGUUGCUCAGGUGGUUCAGCUGUGUUUACACUGCGUGAUUCUCGUCAAUCGCGCUGGCCGUCGUGUUCGCCGCACAGCCGGCGAAAGCGUCGACGCUUCGACGAUGCCCGAACAACAGAGUGUCACCGGCUGGCGCGCCACGCACGUCGUCGCGUACUUGUUAGCGAUGGCGACUUCCAUCGCUGCACUCGUAUGUUAUCGCAACAUGAACGCCCGGCUUCAAACCACGGUGGACAAGUGCCUACUCUUCACGAAGCCCUGGAUCGACGUGGACGCGUCGGGCAAGUGCCAGAUCGACUACACUCGCAUCGAGUGGAGUAGCGACAAGCUGUGCAACUACGUGACCUUCGCGCUGCUCGCUUCGUUCGUGUACAGCAUCGUCGCCGUGUGGUUUUUCGUCAUGUGCGCUCCAAGCCGCGGGUCACAGCUGAACGACAGCGACACUUACGCAGUAAAUGGCCACAAGAUGAUGAGCAUCGUGCACGUGUGGAAGAUAGUGGCACCAGCAUCAAUACUGAGUGGGGUGAUGGCCCUCAUCACCCUCGUCAUGGCCUGGAAGGUCACCAACGGCAUGAACAUCUUCUUCGACGACCUCAACAUGGGGGCCCAGAGAAAUUGCAGCACCAGCAGUUUGAUAAGCUGGAAAGACAACACAGUGGCUCUGCUCCUUGGCGACCGUGUACCCACAAAGUUGUCAGUGUGGCUUGUGUUUUUCUGUUGGACGUUUGCGACCUUGGUGCUCAUAAUACGAUGUGCCACGGCUGCUGACUUCAGCGAGAGCAAGCAGGAGGUGAUUCCCCUCGCGGCCCCCUCUGGUGCUUUGGAGCAAGACAGCACCGAAAAGAAGGUCUCACAAAGUGUGCGGAGUUCCAGUACGAACCUAUUUGUGAUGAAGCCACAAGCAGCUCAACUUGCCAAACCUCCCUCGGCGGAUCAACCCCGCAGGACACCUAAUCAGGACAUGUCCUACGAUGGCUUGUAUCAGACAUCCGAGUUUUGAGUCCCGCACCUUUACAUCCGGUGGGACUGGUUUGGUUAUCCAUCUUGCUUGUGUACAGGCAUUCUAGUCUACUUAUUGCAGACGGCCUUGUUCCUAAUGGACAGCAGAAAUCAUACUUCUGCACAUAUAUUCCUUUUUUUGUUGUUGUUGAGGCGAGAAUGACGUGAUGUGUUUGUUGACUAUCUCAUGACUGUCCCUUAAAGCUAUGGUAAAAUCUAUGAAUGAAUGCAGAUUAUAAUAUAAGCAAAUCUCUUGAGGGGUAUGUUUCGGCUGUUUUCUGUUCAACAGUGCAUAAGAAGUGCACUGCUGGCAACUGGCUAGGGGCAAGGUAUUUGAUUCUGUAAGUUUUCCAGUGGCUCCCAUACAAAAAGAAAGAAACAAAAAAGAAAGCAGCAAAGCUCUUCUUUUGACGAGCAUGAAGGGACCUGGGAACCCUGCUUCGUGAACACUUCGGUUUAUGGAAGUUUUUUUUUUAAAGGAUGCUAGCUGCACUUUCACUGAUCAUGCUGAUGUUUUGUCUCAACAACUGCUAUUCCUCGUGCAGCCAUAUUAUUUACUUCUUACUGGUGCUCAAUCUGUCAUAGAGAGUAUUGCUGAAGGAAUUGGCAGUCUUCUAAGCUAGUUGCAUGUAUGGUGGACUGCUGAAAUUCAUAGACAUAAAUCCUCACAAGAGAUUCAUCUGUAGUUGUGGGAACAUCAGCUAAGUUUAAGUGCUAUGUUUUACAUUCACUCAUGUGCUAUGUCGAAGGAAGGCUGGAAGCGUUCGAGGAUGAUUAGUUUCAGUCACAGUUCAAGCACCAAUCAAUUGCUGGUUCUUGAGUUGCUCAACACACUUUUCAUAGAUGUAUUUGAUGACUAUUAGCCUCUCCUAGUAAUUUUGACUGACUGGUUGCUCUGAUUUGCAAGUGUCUUGUAAGCAAUGCAGCCAGUGCCCUUAGAUGCUCACAGACAACGUAGGUCGUUCUUGCCUCCAUUUUAUGGGACUGGAUUAGCUCAAUUUUAUAGCUGCGUUUCUGUGUGAUAAUUGGUAACACAGACCGUAAAUUCUGAAAUUUUCAUGUGUGAAUGACCAAGCCUGUUUGCAUUAUAAUGUCCAUAUGACUUAACAGGAGCUAGCAGGUUUCAGAAGCAAGCCUUGAGAUGUGAUCACAAACUUAACUCAACAGUGAACAAUGUCUGGUGACUUCAAAAUUUUUUUUCUUUGACCUAACUUAAAAUGUUCUCCAUACAGAAGAUACUUCUAUCUUGUAUAUAAGGGAAAUCAUCUUCAACAUAAAGUUGUGUUGUAUUCGAAGUGAUCAACAUUGCUGCAAAAGUUUAUCUCUGGUACUAAGAAAGCAUGAAACAUUCUUGUGAUCAUCACUCUCCUGCUUCACAGGUCAAAUUGCUGGUGGUUUUUUUGUCAUUGAGAAAGCCCUGUAAAUCAGGUUCAAGGUUUGUCUCCACACUUCUUCCAACUUUCAUGACCUACAAGAACAGUAUGAAACUAUCUACUUCAAACUGAAACACAAUAUAUGCAUAGGUUACUUAAGCAAGAAAGUCUUUAGUCUCUUGUACAAGCUUUUUAAUGUGGCUGGAUUGUAGAGCCACAUGCAUGUGCACAGCAAUUUCUUUGUAUGUUUUGUUUCAUUUGUUUCAUGCCCACAUCUACAUAAUUUUUCCUUUCUGUGAACAUUUGGGACUGAGGUGACUGAUGCAAAUCAAGUUCCAUUUCUUUUAUGAAGUACCCAGCCUGCAUCAUUCAUCAUGCAUGAUUAUAUCUAAAAAUUGAAUUGAAACAUUGGUCAUGGGGCAUAUUUCCAGUUGUGAAAUAACAUCGGUAAAGUGUUACAACACAAUGGUGAUUUCGGCAUUUGGUGGACGUUCAUCUUCAAAACAGGAACAGCGAGGAUGAAGACUGGAAAAAUAGAAUGAAAACCACAGUUCUUUUAGUCCCUUUAUUUCUGAAGUUGUCCUUUCUUUAAUGUUUUUCUCCAAGAUAGCAUGUUAGAGCGCCAGUGAAACAUCUAAGGUGAGUUGGUUCACUUCUAUGGGGGAAUGAACAUGACAAGUAUUGUGCAACAUAGUGCGAUACAAAAGCUUUAAGCACUGACUUACAGCAAGGGCUUUGCUUCUUCAGCAAGCAGUUAAACAAUCUAGACAAAAAGGCUUAAAAAAAAGAAAACAAGGCAUAGAUAUUUCAGCUAAAUAUCUGCAGAACUGCUGUUUCAGUUCCUAUGAUGUUUAAUGAGGGUGUGGGCCUUCAUGAGUUUGACAGGUGCCCAACUAACAUAAUUCGCCAAGCCUUUUAAAGAAGAACAGGUUUGUGAAUGCGCUGGUGGGAAUCGAGCAACUUGCUGUUACUGGGUCCAGGGACUUGGCAGAGUCAAUUUCUGUUGUUAUUUUCCUUUUGUAUUUCUUGUUGUCUUCCUUCAUUCGCUUGCUUCUUGGGCUGAUGAAACACUGGUUGUCAUUCAGCAUCCUGGGUUGCUGUGUGGGAUCACUUGAUAUUCUUAUUAAGGCAAAGGACUCACAGGGCGAUGGAAAGUUGUCAGAAGUGGUUGAACAAGUGAAGCCUCAGCCUGGAACCUACUUUUUCACAUGAUGACCUUUGUCAAGACAAAUACAAGCUUUGUCAAAAUGUUCCUUGCUUUGCGCUGAGGCUUCCCAUGUUCGUCCAUGUUCAAUCAAUACAUGCUGUUCUUGUGUGUUUGUGCAGUGUGAUAAUACUACUCGUGUGAAAGGGCUUGUUUGACCAUGUUGAUAAUAGUAACUGGCCCAGAAAACCACCCUACUCAAUUAAUAAAAAAAAAUAUUCACCAUCUGCUUUAUAUGGGACGAUGUUGAGUGUGGUAGGCUGUGCUAGAUACUUACCGAAUCAGAAUGUGUCCAUGUGUCCUUUUUUGUUGAUAGGGUGGAAGAUUAUUUUAUAGGAGAAUUAGGCAGCAUUUAAUGUCAUGCAAUGCUUCAUAACAUAGGCCAGUUAAAUACUGCUCACAUCCAAAAUAAGUGUUCGGUUUGCACGUUGCACGAAUUGCAAUGAUUCUCAAUUGCUCACUUCAUAGGUAAGCUUUUUCAUGUGCAGCGUAUUCAUUCUCAUAAUUAAAUUAUACAAUGUUUUCCUACCACAAUCUUGCUAUAUUUUUGUGAAUUUGCAAUUUUGAGAAGACUGUUAGUCACACAGUGAUAGUGCCUUGUGUAUCAAAAACUCCUUUGUACUAACGCUUUGUCAUAUCAUGCUUGUACUGUCUUGCAUUAUAUGUGGAAUGUGAUAGAUUAUUUUUUUUUGCUAUUGAGGAGACAUUUUACAGCUGGGUCUUCUGCUUCUGCCACCAGCUUCUGCUUGAAAUUCAAUAUUUGGAACUUGCAUGUAAUUGCUGGAGUGCAGCUUGAUAAGUGGAUAAAAGCAAAAGGUUUAUUCAGAACCCACUCCUUAACCACUUUCAUUUUCUUUGUCAUUGAUGUUGUGCAGCUGAGCAAAGUCUUGCCAGAUGUUCAUGCCUUGCAUUGCCCUGUGGCCCCAUGGACUUGUAUUUGCUGUUAUCUUUCUGGUUACUUUUGUGCUGUGUCGGUGGCAAGAUACUGUUGACAGAGCAAAGAAUCACUUGUUAGUCGAACCUUGUGCUACCUACCUCUCCUGAUCUUUAGCAAAGUUCAUCCCCUCUGCUAACAUAUUUCCAUUGUCGUGCUUCUACAAUUCACCUGUCAUUGAGAGCACAUCACAUCGCCUAACCUCAGAAUGCUUUUUUUCGCCAACGUGAGUGCCUUUGCUAGCACACAUUUGAAUCGACAUGUCACAGCUAUUCACCGGUCAUUGAGAGCACCUCAGGUUGCCUUGAGUUGUCCUCAGAAGGCAUAUCAGGCAUGUAUAACUGGUUCUUAAUUGUGAAAUCAAAUACCAUAGUUCUACAGUUUUACAGUUCAGAACUUCAGUUCUGCAGUUCUACAGUGCUUGUAUGCCUAGGCUCAAGCCUGUGCAAGGCUCAAGCGUGAAAAAGAAAUUUCACUGUGAUGUGCUAUACUAUGUGGCAGAAUGUCACUGAAGUUGUAAUUGCUUGUAUUCAUCGAAGUGUUAGAACAGGUGUUACUUUUAUCUUAUUUGCUAUGACAUGCUUUUUCAUUAUUGAGCUUCGCAGUCACCUUCCUGGUGCAGAAUAUUUGAGUACGAGUACACUGCAGCAUAUAAAUGUGGUGCAUCGCAAACUGUAUGCCAUGGCAUGGAAUUUCCAGUGCUAGGGCUCACAUAACUUGCUUUGUUCUCUGCAGUAUCAGUUGAAGUUCUGUAUCAGAUUUUAUAAUAGUUAAUUGCUAAGCCAUUUGGUUUGGAGACAUUGUGAAAAAUGUAGCACUAAAACAUUGCCAGAGGUGUGGUGUGGGGGUGGAGUUCUCACCAAGUAAGAAGUUGAAAAGAAAAAUCUUGCUUUAGCAAUUUUCGAAACCAUGGUCUUAAAGCAGGACAUCUGGUAAACGGAGGCGCUGAGGAUGCCACCUCACAUAAGUAGUGUGUUCACCACAAAGUGUGAGUAGGCACAUCUCAUCUUUACAAACUGGAGCAUGGAAGACAUGUUGAAAGAAGGAAAAUUUGAUCGCCAUCACUACUUUGUGCCCCACAGUGCAAUGUUUUGUGGCAGUUUAGCUCACAGCUCACUCUAGCUCACAAUGUGCCCCUGAAGACCUUUGGUUUUGUGUCACCAGGCUCAUGUUGGAUGCUCACCUUUUAUUGAUUCCUUCUCCACAGAGCACAGAGCGUUCCUGCACUUGCUUAAUGACCUAAAUGGAAGACAUGCGCACUAAUCACAAAAUAAAUUAAAUGGAAAACUUGUGCAGUAAUAGUUGGGUUUAAUUCUAUUAGAGGUAUAAUUUUGAAAUUUAUUCAAAAAUUUCUGUCCACUUUUGAGUAGACCGUUUCUUUGUCAACCAAGGUGUUUAUUAUUGACAAGAAGCAAUUCACCUGCAAGUGUAAUAUACCAUGCAAAUAGAAAACGACACAGUAGAGUUUUUUUUAAUAGUACAUGAAUAUUUAUCAACUAGCCUGACAAGACACUUUAGAUGAUUAAGUGACGUUCCUUCUGCUCUGCUGUUUCUGUCUUUUUGCAUCAUUAUUAGUAAGUGCGCUUCGUUUAUUAGUGAAAUCUUGGUAUUGACACAAUGCUCAAAAUGUGCUGUCAUGAUUGACCAUGAGCCCUGUGUUAAAUAAUAUAUAGACAAACAGUAAGACUUUCAGUAGUAUUCAGAAGUGAAUGCUCUGCUAUGUAAGAGCCAUCACUUACCACCUUUUUCUGUCCAUGUUGUAUCCUGCUGUGACAUCGUGCAAGCAUCUUGCUUUCUGUACUUUUGCUUUGCCUCCUAUAUCACUGGAUAGUCGGUGUUUCAUUUGCACUCCUGCCUCAUGCUGCAGAUGACCUGUGACAAAAGUGUGGUGUGGACCACUCGGGAAAGUGCAAGUGAGCAUUUGGAAAGCGAGAUGUUUGCACAAUCUCGCCCCUGAUUGCAGCAAACUAUGUCUUAUUUGUGUUAUGCCAUUCCAUGUAUUUCAGCUGAUUGCCUUUGCUGCAUGCUCCCACUACUGCACCAAGCAGAUCUUGCAUUGUUAAGGUUCCCAUGUUUUGCACAUUUUGGUGCAUAGCUCACGGAUGGUCAGUUCAGCUGUAACAGCAGCACACACACACACUCAAAAAGAAAUGUGUCUUCAGAAAAGGUUGUCUUUGUUGCCUUAUUCUGGUAAAGCUCAGAAAACAAUUUUUUUUGAAAUCUCUACAGCAAAGAAAUCUCAACCUUACUGUCUACAGCUCACAGAAUAUUUUUAUUCGUAUGCUUUGACAUGUAAGACUACACCAGAGAGGUAAACGUUAUGAGAACAUGUACAUUAUUUCUUGAAACGUUGCAAGUCAUUCAGGAAGCGCUGCAUAAUCCCCCACUGGUGCCAUGUAGUUUACUUACAAAGCAAUUGACUGGCUUCAAAAUUUCAGACAAACAAUGUUUAUUCUAGCUUACCCUAUCCUAUUAGUACAGUCCUCCUCUAGUGACAAUCAUUACUUCUUUUCUUUUUAACGAAAGGUUGUACAGUUUUUUGCAACAUUACACACCUAACAUUCUUAGUGAAUUGCAUUGGGAAAGAGGAUAUAAGUGGCACAGUGUUGGGUGACAAUUUAUGGUGCAUAUUGUUUUGAUUAUGCAGCAAAUGAACUUUUCAUAUACAUAUUUGUUUGACUGACGCAUCAUUCUAAUACGUAUUAUUACACAUUUAGCUCAAUUUAGAUACACUCAAGAGAGUUUUAUGAUAUGUUGGGGAAAUAAGAUGAAUGUACGUGUCGGGCAACUGUAGCACUGACAUUAUUAAGUCACUGUUGCCACUUAGUUGUAGCAUAGUUUAUUGAACAAUUAUUCCUUCACUUGUCUCUAUUUAGUGCUGGUCAUUCGCUGCAAACCACCUGAAAAGUGACAACAGCUUGACAGUAACACAUGGUCUGCCACGUCAUGUGUUUUUAUAUGAUGCCGCGUGUUAUGACAUCACCUGCACACAUGCUAGCCUUUUGAGAAAAUGGCUAAUACUGUCACCUGAGGUAAUAGGUUCUAAUAGCGUUAACAAAAAAAGGCAUGAAUGAAUCGUAAUUUGGUAGGGCUGGUGUAGCUGAAUACGGCCCGCAAAUGCUGUUUUUGGAAUGGAAUGUAGUAAAGGGGUAUGAUUAUUUGCACGCUAUCAACACCUGUUGAGUAAUGUUUGACUGCUUGUGGCACCACGAAUAAUUGAUCACAGAUAAUUGGAUACAUAUAAAAACCUAUCAAGCCAAGCACACUCAGCCAUUUUUUCUGAGAUUUAAAAAAUUCUACUCAUUUAGCUAUUAGCAAGCAUAUUGAUAUGUAGACUGGUUAUGUCUUCAUUCUCCAGGGUAACGAUUCCCCUCCAAAAUCUAAGAAUGUGAGAAGUUCUCACAGUUAUGCACAGCUUAUGACAUUACAGAGAACCAUUCUCAUUGUGUAUCUGCUCAUUGAUGUACCACUCCUUAGUGCUUUGUACAGUCGGCAUCAAAAGUACACAGGGUGUGGUAUCUGAGAAAAACAGUGAUUAUAUACAUAGCCAGGAUUUCAGAUUUCCUACCUGUGGUAAUGUACAUGGCCAACAUAAUGUUGUACUCUUUUACUUGCUGCAAGGCAAAGCUGGUUGCAAAUUAGGCUUUUUCGGGGAACAGUCUUCCUGAAAACGUUUGAUGUUGAGUGUACUCUUCAUUGUGCCGAGUUGAUUGAUGGUGUAUAGCAUAGGAAAUCGUGUGAUAGUUUCAGAAUUAUAUGUUGUAUUUACAUUGUAUUGGUGUAUGUAACAUGGGCAUCCAAACUCAGGCUGAAGCCUAUUUGAUUGUAUACUAUUCGAAUUGACUCUCCACUACUAGUAUCAUAGUUUAGUAUAAUAGUUCAUUAAUAUGGAAGUCUUAUAACUUCCUUAUUAUUAUAAUCAAUAGUUCCUCAGAGUGGCACUUCAAAAGCAGUGAAAAAAAAGUUAAUUCAGGAAGUUCAACAUUAAAAUUCAAAACAUUCUUCCAGAGAAAAAUCUAUGAUUUGCACCAAACAAUAAUAAUUCCAGCAUCACAGGCUGUUUAGGAAUAGUUGUAAGACCAUCAUUACCACCCUGUUGUCCUUUGAGUUCUCCGUAAGAGAAUGUAGGUUGCUUGUGUUAUGGCCAGUGUAUGACCUCCUUAAAGGCAGGCAUAUUUCAGGAAUUACCAACUAGGUCAAGAAGUACUUUCAGUUGAACCUCGAUAUAACGAACACGGAUGUAACAAAUUAUUGAAUAUAAUGAAGCACACCUAAAAUGCUUGUUGCUUAUAUAUAUACACAACAAAUAUAUGCUUAUAACAAAUAUUGAGUGUAACAAAUGGUUUUUUGUGUGGCAUGCAACUUUGUUAUAUUGAGGUUUGAUUGCAUUAUGAAUGUAGGUAAGUUUCUUAUUCAUGGCAUUCUUUAUAUCGAUCUGUGUGCCACAAGCCUGUAUCCAGGUUGUUGAGUGCUGUUUGCCAUGGUAGUUGCAACACCAUUUGUGAUACAGCUUGAAGCUGUAUCACACCAUUUUGAAUACAGCUUGCAGUGUUGUAAUAUCCUAAAUGAUGGGACUCGUGCUGUGAUUGUUUUCAUGUCUAGCACAUCUAUGCAUAAAGGUUCCUUUUGACAUAGAAAAAUGCAUUCUGAGAGUGAGUGUUGUAACAGCACAUGCAUCACAUUUAGAUGUUUACAUUCUUUCAAGCAUAUCGAAAAGUGUUAUUGUUGUACCUCAUUUUGCCAGUGAGAAUAAAAUUGUUUGUAGUUUUA